AUGUCCUCCAACACAGACAACCAGAUGACAAGGUUCCUUUUCGCCAUCUUGAAACAGAAGAACCUGAAGGAUAUCGACUGGAAUGCUGUCGCCCAUGAUCCGAUACUGGCACAGCCCAUCACCAACGGACAUGCUGCUCGCAUGAGAUACUCCCGUUUCCGCUCUGCCAUGUUGGGCCUCGAGCCUCAAAAACGUAACAGAGCCACCGCAAACAAGAAUAGGGUCACGAAGAACAAGAAGGAGCCAAAGCCACCGAAAAAGGAAGAGGAUGAUGAAGAGGAGAGAGUGAAGCCGGAGCCAGGGACUCUCGAGUCUCUUCAUCAAGUCGAGGCUCGGGCUAGGUCUCCCGUCAAGGUCAAACAUGAACACAGCCAACCUCCCUACCGACAACAGUUCACCCCAACAUCCAUGGCAUCUCCCACCGCCACAGAAUGUCAGCAGACCUUUCAACCCAGGAUGCUCACCCCAUGUAGCGACGACAUGUUCUCCGCACCUCACAAUCUGCAAUUCAGCCCGUCAGCCAGCCUCAUGGGUGCCCAUCCAGCCUUUGAUCUCCCACAAGCGAUGGCCUGUGCGCACGACCAAGACCAUCACCACCAUGAGCACGACCACAACUCCUGGGCGCCGAGUCCAAUCUACUCAGCGUUCGAAGCCGCGUACGAUAUCGAUGGCUUCGGCAUUGGUUCCUUGUGUGAUCAUCAGGCUGGUCAGGGACAUGCCGACGAAUUGCAUGGGUCUCCUGCACUGGGCUCCCUCAUGCCUGAGCAUAUGAACAUCAAGAACGAACACUGGGACACUCACUUCCACCCAUGA